AUUCCAUUCUCUUCCAGCUGAGUCUAGUAGUGACCGAAUCGCACCCUUCUACAACCCCACCAAUCCAGAUGCAGCGCUCCCGAAGUGCCCAUUGCGUCAUUGAUCGCAUCUCACGCCCACUCUCAUCUUCAUCUUCAUUAUUUUCUUGUCUCGUCCCAAUAAUACCAACCUACCGUCCUCAGAGACAAACAUCUUCUUUCUCUCUACGUUCUUCUCUCCCUCAUACCCGCUCAAAAGCAGGGAUCUUCUCACCUCUCACCAAACCCAGCAUCAACAGCCUAAACACCAAUACACCAACCCAAUACCAAUCCAGAAUGUCCUCCGACGACGCCUACAUGUCCUUCCUGGACAAAGCCAACGCAGACCUCAACAACGCCCGCGCAGAGCGCGCCCAGCGACAAUCCAUCGCCCGCACCGAAGCAGUCGACAUCGACGUGCGCGUCCCAGCCCCGCUCACCUCCGUCGAUGCGUACUACGUCUCCGAGACAGAUGAGCCGUUUGAGCCUGUUACGCUGAAGUGGGAGAAGGCUGUGAAGGGGAUUUGGCCGGAUCCGACAAACCUCUCAAACCUCAUCUCGCCAACAACAGACCUCUCCUCGUCCAUCUCGACCCUCUCGCCCUCCGCCUUCGACCCGCACAACCAGUACGCGACUGUCCUGCGCGCUGUGCGUGCGGCGGCCGUGCAGGCGCCGUCUUCGGAGGUCGGCGGCGAACCGCAUCAGUCGACGGUUGAUGUGAAGGUUUAUCGCGUGGAGGUGGGGCCGUCGCGCGUGGAGUAUUGGUUGUUGGCGUUGGAUAUUGAGGAGAGUUUGUUGGUCGGGUUGAGGGUUAAGGCUGUUGAGAGUUGAUUCAUUGUGUGAACACGGAUAUAUAUUGUUGUUGUUGGGAUGGGGUGUUUUGGGGUGUUUUUUUUGGUGUUAUUGUUUAGUUGUGGGGGGGAAUGGUUAUAGGGUGGGAGUAGGUAGGAUGAAGUUGAUUGAGGGAUUGAUUAUGAAUACUAUGGUGUAGUUUGCUUUGUCGCUUGUGUAUGGAUAUGGAUGUGUAUAAUUAAGUCCUUGGUUCGGGUGAUG